CCCAGUUGCGCUUCGGUCUUCCUAGCCCGCAGAGGGCGCUGUCGGUCCAGAUGGCUUUUCUGGGCCGGAACGAGCCGGAAGUGCGAGGGUCACUUCCGGCGCGGAGCAGCGGGUUGGGCGGUAGAUCGGGCCGGCUGUGGAGACUGGACCAGCAGUGGCCAGAGCUGGCCGAGACCGCGGCCGCUGGAACGCGCCCAGUCGGCAUCUUGGCCUCGGCGGAAGGCGCGGCUGCCGCAAUGCCGUUCUUGCACGGCUUCCGGAGGAUCAUCUUCGAGUACCAGCCGCUAGUGGAUGCAAUUCUGGGCUCCUUGGGGAUCCAGGACCCCGAGCGGCAGGAGCCCCUGGAUGGGCCCAGUUAUGUUGCCAGCGAGGAGAGCCGAAUCCUUGUUCUCACCGAGCUGCUGGAGAGAAAAGCCCACUCUCCGUUUUACCAGGAAGGUGUGAGCAACGCCCUGCUGAAGAUGGCUGAGCUGGGACUGACGCGUGCAGCGGACGUUCUCCUGCGGAACGGAGCCAACCUCAAUUUUGAAGACCCCGUCACCUACUACACGGCCCUGCACAUCGCCGUCCUGCGAAACCAGCCUGACAUGGUGGAGCUGCUGGUGCGCCAUGGGGCCGACAUUAACCGGAGGGACCGGAUCCACGAGAGCAGCCCCUUGGACCUGGCCAGCGAGGAGCCAGAGCGCCUGCCCUGCCUGCAGCGCCUCCUGGAUCUUGGAGCAGAUGUCAACGCCGCCGACAAGCAUGGAAAGACUGCUCUGCUCCAUGCCUUGGCCAGCAGUGACGGGGUGCAGAUCCACAACACCGAGAACAUCCGGCUCUUACUGGAAGGAGGGGCAGACGUCAAGGCUACCACCAAAGAUGGGGACACCGUGUUUACCUGCAUCAUCUUCCUGCUGGGUGAGACGGUGGGAGGGGACAAGGAGGAGGCCCAGUUGAUCAACCGCUUCUGCUUCCAAGUAACGCAGUUGCUGCUGGCUCACGGGGCUGACCCCAGCGAGUGCCCGGCCCACGAGUCCCUCACACACAUCUGCCUCAAGAGCUUUAAGCUGCAUUUCCCGCUCCUGCGCUUCCUGCUGGAGUCCGGAGCCGCCUAUAACUGUUCUCUGCAUGGCGCAUCCUGCUGGUCCGGCUUCCACAUCAUCUUUGAGAGGCUCUGUUCCCACCCAGGCUGUGCCGAAGACGAGAGCCACGUGGACCUACUGCGCAAAGCCGAGACCGUCCUGGAUCUCAUGGUGACUAAUUCCCAGAAACUCCAGCUGCCUGAAAACUUCGACAUUCACCCUGUGGGCAGCCUGGCAGAAAAGAUCCAGGCCCUCCAUGGCUCCCUGAGGCAGCUGGAGAGCUACCCCCCACCCCUCAAGCACCUGUGUCGCGUUUACAUCCGGCUCUACCUUCAGCCGUGGCCAGUGGACGCGAAGGUCAAAGCUCUCCCUCUGCCUGACAGGCUGAAGUGGUACCUCCUCAGUGAGCACAGCGGCACCGUGGAAGAUGACAUCUGACAGCUCCGGACACAGGGGACGGCGUCUGGGCAGCUCAGUCAGCCUGCUGGUGGAUUUCAGUACCUGUGGCACCUUAGGGAGAAACUUCGGUCCUGUCUGUCAGAAGGUGCAGGUUGGAGGCGAGACUUGAUCCUUACUGAGUACAAAGAAAGCCAGGUGGAGCGCAGCGGCCACAACCACUGCAGUGGGGAAAGGCUUCCAUCUUCAGAGAGACUGCCUCGGCUUCCCCCUGCCAGUGCCCCCAAGUCUCAACCCAUAUUGGAAUAAGGGCCGGGGUUUAGAUUUGGGACAAGCUUAUCCCCUCUUCAUUUGAGGGGAGUGCUGGGCAUUUGCAGAAGCAGGGGAGCUCCAAGACAGGCCCGUGCUGCCUGGAGACAGGUGAAGCUAAAGGAGGCGGGAGGGGCCUGUGGGGGUGCAGCCGGGCCGAGGCCCUUUACUCCCGCCUCUUCACUCUGGAUUCUGUCCAGAAGUGUUUUUGGUGGGCAGGGAGAGCUGACUCCUGCCACUUCUGUAGCUCUGGGGCCAGGUCACCCACCACCCUGCCUGCCAAGGCACAGGGUUGGGCUCUGGUGGCAGCUCUGUGCCAAACCUGAGGUCUUGGGGACCAUGCCUUCUAAAAAGCAAUCAUGCACGACCAGGGGCUAUGCUUUCCAAAAUGUGUCAUUUUGUGAGGGGUUCAUCAGAUGGAGAAAGCCACCAAGACUGAAAGCCAGCUACCGCCCCACCCUGAGCCCUCACCAAGCCGUUUGCAAGUCACACACAGUGGUCAUUGUGAAUUGUGUAAAUGCCUUGGAGACAAACUGAGGCAAGUAAAUGAUAUAUUUAUAUUAUAAAAUUAAAUUUUCUUUUGGCCUUAAA